AAGGGGGAGUGGGAGGAGGCCGGUUUAUACAAAGAAAACAUAGCCAGAAGUUGAGGGCUAGGAGGCCGUUUCUGAGAGAGGGCACCGUCUCGUGCACAGGCAACCUGGCGUUGGCCUCAGAGCCCUAGAAGCCGAAUCUCCCUAAGCUCUGUGACCUGUGUCACCUCUGCAUCGCGGGGAGGGGGCGAGGAGGGGAGAAGUCUGGCGUCAGAUGGGAGGGCACCGGAAGAGGGGGCCACGUGGGGAUGCAAGGCGCCCCCGGGAGGGAUGAGCUCGCUACGUCGGGGCUGCCCCGCUGCGAUGCCGCCGUCAACCUGGCGGGAGAGAACAUCCUCAACCCUCUCCGCAGGUGGAAUGAAGCCUUCCAAAAAGAGGUUCUCAGCAGCCGCCUGGAGACCACCCAAAUGCUGGCUAGAGCCAUUGCCAAGGCCCCACGAUCCCCCCAGGCCUGGGUCUUAGUCACAGGUGUAGCUUACUACCAGCCCAGCCUGACAGCCGAGUACGAUGAAGACAGCCCAGGAGGAGAUUUUGACUUUUUCUCCAACCUUGUAACCAAAUGGGAAGCUGCAGCGAGGCUUCCUGGAGAUUCUACACGCCAAGUGGUGGUGCGCUCCGGGGUUGUGCUGGGCCGUGGAGGCGGUGCCAUUGGUCACAUGCUGCUGCCCUUCCGCCUGGGCCUGGGGGGCCCCAUUGGCUCAGGCCACCAGUUCUUCCCCUGGAUUCACAUCAGAGACUUGGUGGGAAUCCUAGCCCACGCCCUUGAAGCAAGCCAUGUGCAAGGGGUCCUGAACGGAGUGGCUCCAGCCUCCUCCACUACCAACGCUGAGUUUGCCCGGGCCUUGGGCGCAGCCCUGGGCCGCCCAGCCUUCAUCCCUCUUCCCAGCACUGUGGUGCAAGCUGUCUUUGGGCGAGAACGUGCCAUCAUGCUGCUGGAGGGCCAGAAGGUGGUCCCAAGGCGGACACUGGCUGCUGGCUAUCAGUAUUCUUUCCCAGAGCUGGGGGCCGCCUUGAAGGAAGUCAUAGGCUAGGUGGGGGAGGCUCAAGGAAGGGCCUGUUGCCUGUCCCUCAGCGAGGGCUUCCUAAUGAGAAACUAUGAGCUCAGGUUCUCCUCUACUUGAAACCUGAAACCAUCUGGUUCUUAGGGAGUCCUCUUUCUUUCUCAUUGUCCUGUUGCCUCACCUUAUUGAACUGAGAGACUGUCCGCUGUUUCAAGGUUGCAGUCUCAUCAAGUUGGGACCUUAACCUCUUCAACUGCUCCUAAAUAAAUUCCCAAGUUUGGUUUCCCUGCAUGUCCUGUUCCUGGCCCACUUCUCCUUUUUGCUGUGUAGAGAAUGUUCCGCGGUUUAGGCAAUAAAGAUAAAUCAUCUCACUAGCUUCAGCUCA